AUGGCAGUGACAACCAGAUUGACAUGGAGUGAGGAGAAAAGUCUGCAGAAGAUGCUUGGGAAUGUGUCCUUGAGACUUAUUUAUAAGUCUAGUGUCCACGACAGUAACAUUUCUGAUAUGCUUGCUAGGUGCACUUGUCAGGGACUUACUGUAACAAUAAUUUACUUUAAUAUAAAGACUACUUUUGUGGUCUUUAUGCUUGGGCAUUAUCCUGAAAUGCACAGAAAUCCACUGCUAGCCGAACUCAGAGCCUACAAGCCCUGUGUAGACUUUAUUUCAGAAAUUCGUAUUCUCUUGCUGGGUCCAUUUGGGUCUGGAAAGUCUAGUUUUAUCAAUUCAGUGAAGUCUGUUUUCCGAGGCCGUGUGACUCACCAAGCCACAGUGGCGUCUGAUGUCACCAGCAUUACUUAACAGUAUAGGAUAUAUCCUAUUAAAGAUGGGAAAGAUGGCAAAUGUCUGCCAUUUAGGUUGUGUCACUCCAUGGGCCUACAUGAGAAAGAAGGAGUAGGUUUGUGUGUGGAUUACAUACCCUACAUCUUAAAAGGCUGUGUGCCAGACAGAUACCAGUUGAGCCCCAAUAAACGAAUUAUGCCCAAUCAUCCUACCUUCAUCAGCUCUCCAUCACUGAAGGACAGGAUUCACUGUGUGGCUUAUGUCUUAGAUAUCAACUCUAUUAAUGAUCUCUCCUCUAAGAUGGUGGCAAAGUUCAAACAAGUUCAAAAAGAAGUCUUGAGCUGUGGUACAGCAUGUGUCCUCUUGCUUCCUAAAGCGACUACUUGCAGUGAAUUUCUUCAGGACAACUUUUUAAACAUGGAUAAACCUAUGACUUCCCAAAGCCAGAUAAUGCAUGUCAGCAAAAUGCUAAAUGUUCCUAUUUAUAAUACCUUUGUGGUUGAAAAUUAUACAUCAGAGUGGGAGCUGGACCCUUUAAAGGACACUCAGAUCCUCUUUGUGCUGAGGCAGAUGUUACGGGUAGCAGAGGACUUCUUUGAGGACUUGCCUUGA